AUGGAGCUAGAGAAUCUAGAUCUAUACGCCGAAUUGGGCGUUCCCGAGGGAGCCUCGGAACGUGAAAUCGUUUCAGCGUAUAGAAAGAAAGCCCUUAAAUUUCAUCCUGACAAAAAUCCCCUGGCUGAAGCCAAACAUAAGUUCCAGCUUCUUACAGCUAUUUACGCUGUGCUAAGCGACCUGAAGCUUCGCGAGCAGUAUGAGAAACUACGAAAACAGAAGGAGGCGAAAGACGAGGGAUUAAAUGAAGAUAUACGUCGCUUCAGGGAACAGCUACGCCGAGCCGAGGAGCAACAAGCCAAAGUGUAUGAAGAUGCUGGGAUGAGGGAACAGAAGAUCCAUUUCUUACAAAAAGAAGCCCAAGAUCUUCGAUACCAGUUCGAACGAGAGAGAAAUGUUGAACAUUCUGGCUACGUCAGUUAUAGAGACCUAGACUUCAGUGGAAGACUCACGAGCCUCGCGAUGGACCCUAGUGGAGAUAGGGUAGUCGAGGUGAAAUGGAAACUACGAGAGGAGAAAGAAGCCCAAAUCAACGAUGCUGUGCUUGCAGAGAUCAUGGCAGUGUUUGGAGCCGUUGAUGGUGCCAAAGUGCAAGAUAGCCACAGCGGAUAUGUCUAUGGUACUGUCGUAUACGAGCAAUACGAAAGUGCAACAGCAGCGACAACACAUGAUUACAGGCAGAGAGCCACGCGAUGGGAUAACACUAGAGUCCGCAAAGCAGCCUCACUUCUACGAGGAUGCAAAAGGCAGCAGGGGCAAGUGCCAGCCAGCGCCUAUGCUGAGCUCGUGUUGGAGCAAUUGACAGGACGAAGAAUGUAA